UCACACGGGGUGUUGUUUGGCGGCUACACUCGCUGUAGCUCGAAGCGGUGCGUCUCUCGGUUUCAGUCGGUGUCCAUCCCGGUUGAUGCUGUUUUUAUUGCGGAACCAGCUCCGUUUCUUUGACUCAUGACAUUUUAAACCCCGACGCUGAAACCAAAACGGCUGGAUGAGUGGGCCAACAUUCACCUCACCUCCUGCAGAGGUGGCUGAGAUUAACCGCAUCCAUUAUGAGCUGGAGUAUACGGAGGGCAUCAGCCAGCGCAUGCGGAUCCCCGACACCCUCAAAGUGGCCCCAGAGAACCAGGCAGGGUCCGUGCCACUUCACCAACCCCUGCCCCCUCACACGGCUCUGAUGCAGGUUCCUGAGAGGAUUGUUGUUGCAGGUGACGAUGAGGACUCUCGAUUUGCUCGUCCAAGAGACUUAGAUCUGAUUCAGUCCGUCCCUCCUGUGGACCUCCUGAGCAUGAAGGCCCCACCGCGGGUCCUCACGCUGACAGAACAACCUCUGGACUCUCUUGAAACAGAACAAACUGCCGGCUCACAGAGCAAUCCCAGCCACGCUGCCAACUUUCAUGCUCGGUCUCGAAGGGAAAGGAGUGCAAGUGAGAACAUGUCUGGCCGUCACAGCAGUCAGAUGAGCAGAGGUGAUAUAAGUGUAACUCCUUCCCCUUCUGCCCCCCCAGUCCGCUUGUGUCCUCCCCUCUGUUCCCCAGAAGACGCGAACAUCAACCUGUUCACAGCCGCUGGGUUCCUGUCUUACAUCCAGUCAACAACGCGCCGUGCGUACCAGCAGGUCCUCGAGGUCCUGGAUGACAACCACCGCAGGACACACCUGGACCUGGCCUUGGAUAUGAACCCAGAUGAGUCUGGCUUAGUGGACGCCUCGUCACUGCGAAGACAGAUUGUGAAGCUGAACCGACGUCUGCAGCUGCUGGAGGAAGAGAACAAAGAGCGUUCCAGGCGAGAGGUGAUCCUGUAUUCUGCCACAGUUGCAUUCUGGCUCAUUAACACCUGGAUCUGGUUCCGUCGCUAAAAUUGGACAAAACUGAGUUUCCCAAAACACUGGAAGCCAAAGCAAUUCCUUGUUACAGGUGUAAUCACUGAGUUACUGCAUGACUCUUUACUUACAUAUAAAGGGAACUGUGGAAACUACGGCACUGGAAAAAGUCCUCAGCUACAAACCUCCAGAUUUUCAAAGCAAAUUCUCUAUUGAGAUUUGACUUCUGUGUUUUUAGUUUAGCACUGACAGGAAAACAUAAUAAUCUUUAGUGCAUCUAGUCAAUGUUACAGAAUUUCACAAUGGCUAGUAUCCUAUUCGGAGUGAUUGCUUUGAGCUGUAGUAACAGAACUCAAUCUAGCAGAAUGCUAUAAUUAGCAGACAAAUUUAAAGAUUCAUCUCACUCCUGUGUAAACCUGCAAACUACUGGUAAGACAAAGCACAAAAACUAGGGAUAAAUAUGUUGCAUUCAAACUGAAAAUGGUACAGAAGGCUGUUCUACGAAGUGGGAUAUGUUGAGCCUGAAGUCAGAGUAUUUAGUGUCAAGAAGGUGGCUCUCGUUGAACUUGCUACAUCACCAUGGUAACUGAUGCUGUACAGCUAACCUCCAGAGAAGGUUGAGUUCACAGUUUAGGAUUUAAAUUUAGUGUAAGAAGUGCCACCCUUUCACCGAUUCCUUUCCUGACCACACUCUAUGACCAGAUUCUCAGUUUAGGGAAUACGCUGUAUCUGCAAACCUGCUGAGCUGUACGUUAGUACUGCCAUCGAAUGAAGCUGUGCAGUUACAGCACAAACUAUGUGUCACAUUACCACGGAAAAACCUGCAUGCAUUCAAUUGGUGAUGCAGAAAAUACAUAAAUGCGCUUUAAUGCUUUGGUCUCAUUUGCUCCCAACUGGGAACAAUUGAUCAUUAGCAUCAAUUUCACUUUGAUUUGUCCAAAAAUUAAAGUGAUUUCCUUCAUUGUGGUACAGUGGGAGACACUAGCAUUAUAUUUUAUUUAUCGCUCCAUUAUAGUAACUUUUUGUUCUUGACUUCAGUCGAUGGCACGGAAUUGGUUCAUUUUGUGCGGAAGGAGAAUGAUUAAUAAUCAAAUGAUGUGUUAUGAAAAUACACUCAGAGCCUGAGAGAGAAAGUUGAUAACCAGCAUCAGGAUAUCCAUUACCUCUUCUUGGGGUUUGACGAUCUGUUGAGCCAGCUUACACAGUUAAAAUCUGACUAUCAAACUUGCUUCGUACUUCAUCCUUCAGAUCAUAAAGAAUAUUCUAUGAAGUAGCAAAUGAUUUCCUGGGAACAAUCAGCAGAAAUUGCCAGCUCUAACUGAUGGGUGGGUAUUUUAUGCAAAGAGCUAGGAAAAUCUUUCUUAUUGCCCCAUUAAGCUUUACAAAUGAUUUGCACAGCAACAGCAAAUACUACAGCGAUACUUAGCAUAUCUCUUUGUGAAAGUAAACAAAAACUUUAAAAGCUUUUUCGAUGGCAAACAAGGAUUUACUUACGUGACAAAUGUUUUGGGAACCCAGAGCUGGAACUGUAGUUACAGGACCAAACCUCAGACCUGACAUGUUGUGUCCGUUUCAUCAGUUUGGUGAUAAACUACCUUUUUCAAAGUGUCAAAAUAAGAUUACUAAAUCUAGAGAUGCCAUAACAUUUACCCCGAAUGCCCCCUGAGUUUUUCACUACUCCAGACAUUUGUGUAGAGUACUUGAAUAGACCAUUGUUGAAAUGUUCUGUCCUGUUUUUGUUUUGUUACCUCUUUGGCUGUCACAUGCGAAGGGAUUGUCUUGAUGAAGUGCUAACAAAACUACAAAUGGUAGCAAGUGAAGUGAACAUAUUUUCCCUGCUGUUUAUACGGCUUAGUUUUUUUUUCCAGAGAAUUUGAGCUUUUAUGUGUUUCCACCUACAUUAAAAGCAUGUGGUUUUAUACAGCAGACAUUGUGAUAUAAGUCUUAGAGCCAAUGUUGUACGAUCAUGUGUAAUAGAUGGAAAUGUGUAGGAAUUUAAAUAAUGAACUAGGUGUGAUAUUUUUUGCAGAUUUAUUCAUCACACUAAAUACAGAAGCAUCAGCAGUGACUAUUGCUCUGUUCAGCACUGUACCUACAUGUGUCACUUGAAGCUGGAGUUUUACUUUCUUUGUAAUAUAUGAUUAUGAACACAUUCAUUGUUUGUAAAUAUUUUUGCUGUAAUAAAUGAUGGACGUUG